AUGGAAACGUUAAACUGCAAACAUCAUCAUUGGACAACAUUCUCAUCGUUUUCAACAUUAUCAGUACAAUUUAUCGCAAUAGCUUCAACUCUACAAAAUAACGUUCUCAAGGUUCCAUUAACAAGUUCUCCUCAUAUUGUAACUAUAAUAUUAAUAUUUACUUAA